AUUCAAGUACAAAAAAAAUAAAAACAAAUUAAGAAGGAAAUAAGUUAAACAGAGCUAAUAAGUUAAAUUCAGCAAAAAUAAGUUAAAUUCAGCAAAAAUAAAACAUCGAGAUUAAAAUCGACCUUCUAGAAGGUGUCAUCAUAGACUCAUAGUUAUCACAAUCUAUACCACUAGCUACACUACAAUACCUCCUUGAUACAUUCUUAUCUCCUCAAACUUCAAAACUAGAUAAAGCUUACAAAUUCUAAUGGAAACUAAUCUUGAAUAGUUCAUACAUCUCAUCAAACAAACUUUUACCUAGAAUUAUCAUACAUUAUACCCCACGUCCCCACCCCCAAGGAGGUAACGUGAUAAUAACUCCUAUAAAUAAAUGCUUUUUACUAGGACACUCCAAAUAUACAACCAAAUUUACAGUAGUUUAAUAAGCUAAAACAAAAUACUAGUACAAGAUAAAAGAGAGUAGCAAAAGAACUUGUACUUUAUUUAACAAGUCAUAAGAAAAAUGGAGUUUUCAUGUUUUUUAGUGGACCAAAAGAGGGAAAUGCAAAGCCAAAGGCCGGUUGCGGGGAUGUGUUCGCGGUGUGGUGCGGCGGCGAGAGUGGCGGAUAUGAAGACGGCCACCCGAUUUUGUUUCGUCCCUUUCUAUUUCAAGUAUUGGAAAGCUAUUAUUUGCUCAUUUUGUGGUGCCACCCUUAAAUCUUAUGGUAAUUAACUUAAAUUAAUACUUGUAAUAUUCUCAUGCAUUUCAUUUUAACUAAUUAAUGUUACGUAGUUUUUUUUCUUUUUAUUUUUUGUAUAAUUUAAUAUAUAUCCUAAUGUAUUUGUUCUCUUUGUAAUUUUAGAAUAAUCCUCAUCUUGAAGUUUUAAGUGUGAAUUGUACGUUAAUUGCAAAAUAUUACUUUGUAUUAGUUGUAGAGAAGAAAUAAAAUCAUGAAUUUAGAUAGCCGAAAUGGGAUAUGUAGCGCAGUAGCGUAUUGAUUGUACAUGGUAUUGUGGUUAAUGUUGUAUUGUGUUAUAAACUUGAUAGAGAAUAUACCAACUCAAUUAAAAGUUUAAAUU